GCGUGUUCCUGUUGGGGCCCUGAGACUCGGGCGGUCCCGUUGCACCGGUCCCAGCCGUUGCGGUCGAGAUGAACGUCCCGGGCCAGGGCUUCCCUCUCGAUCUCGGAGGAAGCUUCACGGAGGACGCGCCGAGGCCCCCCGUCCCCGGCGAGGAAGGGGAGCUGAUUUCCACGGACUUGCGCUCGGCCAGCCAUGGUUUCUACUCUGGGAAAUGUGACGUCCUCAAGGCGGAGACUUCCACCGCCACCCCGAGGCGCCCCGACCUGGACCUGGGCUACGAGCCCGAGGGGAGCGCCUCCCCCACGCCCCCCUACCUGAGAUGGGCGGAGUCUCUGCACUCCCUGCUGGACGACCAGGACGGGAUCAACCUCUUCCGGACCUUCCUGAAGCAGGAGGGCUGCGCGGACCUGCUGGACUUCUGGUUUGCCUGCAGCGGCUUCCGGAAGCUGGAGCCCUCAGACGCCAACGAGGAGAAGAGGCUGAAGCUGGCCAAAGCCAUCUACAAAAAGUACAUCCUGGACAAUAACGGGAUCGUGUCGCGGCAGAUCAAGCCAGCGACCAAAAGCUUCAUCAAGGAUUGCGUCAUGAAGCAGCUGAUUGACCCCGCCAUGUUUGACCAGGCCCAGACGGAGAUCCAGUCCAUGAUCGAGGAGAACACGUACCCGCUGUUCCUGAAGUCGGAUAUUUAUUUGGAAUACACGAGGACCGGGGGGGAGAGUCCUAAAGUGUGCAGUGAUCAGAGCUCAGGGUCCGGGACGGGGAAAUGCCUCUCGGGCUACUUGCCGACCCUCAACGAGGACGAGGAAUGGAAGUGCGACCAGGAGCCCAAGGAGGAGGACGCCAGGUGCGAUUCGGUCCCCUCCAGCAGGCUCACCCAGAAGCUGCUCCUGGAGACGGCCCCUCAGCGCGCCACUCCCUCAAGGCGGUACAGCGAGGGGAGAGAGUUCAGACACGGGCCCUGGAGGGAGCCGGUGAACCCGUACUACGUCAACACAGGCUACGCCCUGGCCCCGGUCACGAGCGCCAACGACAGCGAGCAGCACAGCAUGUCCAGUGAUGCGGACACCAUGUCCCUGACAGACAGCAGUGUAGACGGGAUCCCGCCAUACCGACUCCGAAAGCAGCAUCGCAGAGAGAUGCAGGAAAGUGCCAAAGCAAACGGACGUGUGCCACUACCUCACAUUCCUCGUACCUACCGAAUGCCAAAGGAUAUCCACGUAGAACCGCAGAAGUUUGCAGCAGAGCUGAUAAACCGGCUGGAGGAAGUCCUGAGGGACCGGGAAGCAGAGGCCAAGCUGGAGGAGCGCCUGAAGCGCGUCAGAGCGCCCUGGGGGGAAGGCGAGGAUGCCGGCCUCCCCUCGGCCCCCUCCUUCCCAAGCCAAAGGCUGCCCCCCGCCCAGCUCUUGCCCCACUUUGCCCCCCGCUACGCGGAGAUGCCGCUGAGGGACGCCCACGAGGAGAACCCGGAGAGCAUCCUGGACGAGCACGUGCAGCGGGUCCUGAAGACGCCCGGCUGCCAGUCGCCGGGCCCCGGCCGGCACUCCCCCAAGCCCCGCUCCCCCGACGGCGGGCUGGCCGGGAGGCUGCUGCACGGCGUGGCUGGGACGAUCCCGCUGGGGCACGGCAAGCACGCAGCCAAGGCCGGCCUGAAGCUGGACGCCGCCAGCCUCCACCACCCCAGGCACGGCCCCCACCACCACCACGGCCCCCACCACCACGGCCCCCUCAAGCCCAAGGAGCCGCUGGAGGCUGAAGCCGGGGCCCCGCGGGGGGGCCAGGGCGGCUUCGCCUGGAGCCUGGAGGCCCACAGCUAUGCCGCAAAAGGGCGGGCCUGCGGGGAAGGCGUCGGCCUGGCCCCGGCACCCGUGGACGCCUUGGGCCACAGUGGGAAAGCCGGCCUGCUCUCGAAAAGAAACCCCAAGAAGCUGGAGGUGGGGAAGAGCGAGGGGGCCAGCCACGACGUGCCAGCCUCUCCGGAGGACGUGGAGAAAAACCAGAAGAUCAUGCAGUGGAUCAUAGAAGGCGAGAAGGAGAUUAGCCGCCACAAGAAGACGACUCACGGGUCUUCAGGCACCAAGAAGCCCCUGGUGCACGAGGCGCCCCGCCCCGUCUCCGUCGAGCGGCCCUUGGCCGUCCACCCCUGGGUCAGCACCCAGCUCCGGAACGUCGUGCAGCCCUCGCACCCCUUCGUCCAGGACCCCACCAUGCCCCCCAACCCGGCUCCCAACCCUCUGACCCAGCUGGAGGAAGCCCGCCGGCGGCUCGAAGAGGAGGAGAAGCGGGCCGGGAAGGCAGCCGCCAAGCAGCGGUAUGUGCAGGAGGUUAUCCAGCGUGGGCGCUCCUCUGUCAGGCCGGCUUGUGUGCCAGUGCGGAAUGUGGUACCCGCCGUCUCCGACCUGGAUCUCUCCGAGUCCGAGCUGAAGCCGCAGAAGAGGCCCGGCGGCGGCAGUGGCGGCUCCUCGCAGCCCUCGGAGAACAUCGUGGUGGCGUACUACUUCUGCGGGGAGCCCAUCCCCUACCGCACCCUGGUCAAGGGCCGGGUGGUCACCCUGGGGCAGUUCAAGGAGUUGCUCACCAAGAAAGGGAAUUACCGGUAUUACUUCAAGAAAGUGAGCGAUGAGUUUGACUGCGGUGUGGUCUUUGAAGAGGUGCGUGAGGAAGAGGCUGUCUUGCCCAUCUUCGAAGAGAAGAUCAUUGGGAAGGUGGAGAAGAUUGACUAGCCCGGGAGGGGUAGGGGUGGGGAAGCAGUGCAGGCCAGAGCACGGCCCCCACCCCACCCCACCCCAGGCUGCCUGC